GGAGCGGCGGCCCCGGGAGGUGCAGGAGCAGCAGCGCCCUCCCCGCAGCCCUCGGGAGCCUCGGGGCAGCUCGGCGGGUCCCUGCGAGGUCCACCGUUAGCAGUCUGUACGCUUUUCCAAGAGCAGUAGACAAUGAAUGAGUCCCAGGGGCCAGUGUCAUUCAGGGACGUGGCCGUGGACUUCACCCAGGAGGAGUGGCAGCAGCUGGAGCCCGAGGAGAAGACCACCUACCGGGACGUGAUGCUGGAGAACUACAGCCACCUCGUCUCCGUGGGAUAUGACAGCACCAAACCCAAAGUGAUCCUCAAGCUAGAGCAGGGAGAGGAGCCGUGGGUAGCCGAAGGGGAACUGCCAUGUCAGAGUCAUCCAGAAGCCCGGAAAGCUGAUCACAUGAUGGAGGGAAUCCCAGAAAAUGGAGAUGGACUUUCAAGGCAAGCCGUUUCUACCAACAGCAGAACCCCGAAUGAGGAGAGAGAGGACGCACUUGAUACAGAGCGUGAUGCGGAGACAGGCCUUGUUCCUUCAAGCAUCCUUUCUCACACGUGUCUCUCAUGUGGGAAGAAUUUAGAAUCAACCUCGGAAUUAAUCAUCAGUGAUGGCAGCUAUGCGAGAAAGAAACCCAGCAAGUGUAUCGAAUGCGGGAAGACGGACCAUGGAGACAGACCCUAUGAGUGUAACCAAAAUGGGGAAGGCUAUUCUCAAAACGCUGCAAGUAUUCUUCAGAACGUUAAUAUUUUGGAGAAGCCCUUUGAAUUCGGUGAAUGCAUGGAAGCCUUAGACAGCGAAGCUGUUUUCCUUACUCCUAAGAGAGUGUUCAUGGGGGAGAAGCCCUAUGAGUGGAGUGACUCUGGACCGGACUUCAUCCAGAUGUCGAAUUUUAACGUUUACCAGAGAUCCCAGAUGGAACUGAAGCCCUUUGAGUGCAGCGAGUGUGGGAAAUCCUUCUGUAAAAAGUCAAAGUUGAUCAUACAUCAGAGGGCCCACACGGGGGAGAAGCCUUAUGCGUGUAACGUCUGUGGGAAAUCCUUCAGCCAGAAGGGAACCCUCACUGUCCAUCGGAGGUCCCACUUGGAGGAGAAGCCCUAUAAAUGCAACGAGUGUGGGAAAACCUUCUGUCAGAAGCUGCAUCUCACCCAACACCUGAGGACUCAUUCAGGCGAGAAGCCCUACGAAUGUAACGAAUGUGGGAAGACCUUCUGCCAAAAGACCCACCUGACGCUGCACCAGAGGAAUCAUUCAGGAGAGAGACCCUACCCCUGUAACGAAUGCGGCAAGUCCUUCUCCCGCAAGUCUGCCCUCAGCGACCACCAGAGGACGCAUACGGGAGAGAAGCUUUACAAAUGUAAUGACUGUGGGAAAUCCUACUACCGGAAAUCGACCCUCAUUACCCACCAGAGGACACACACGGGGGAGAAACCCUAUCAGUGCAGCGAGUGCGGCAAGUUCUUCUCUCGGGUGUCGUACCUCACCAUCCAUUACAGAAGUCACUUAGAAGAGAAGCCCUAUGAAUGUAACGAAUGUGGCAAAACCUUCAAUUUAAAUUCAGCCUUCAUUAGACAUCGGAAGGUGCACACAGAUGAGAAACCCCAUGAAUGUAGUGAAUGUGGAAAGUUCUCUCAGUUCUCCUAUCUCACCGACCACCCUCCGGCUCCUUUAGGAGAGAAACCUUACGAAUGUAACGAAUGUGGGAAAAUCUUCCUUGACGGUUCAGCCUUCAGCGGGCACCAGUCACUUCCAAAAGGGGAGAAAUCCUAUGAAUGUAACAUAUGCGGGAAACUGUUCUCGGAGUUGUCCUAUUACACUAUCCAUUAUAGAAGUCAUUCGGAAGAGAAACCGUAUGGUUGUAGCGAAUGUGGGAAAACCUUCUCCCAUAACUCCUCCCUCUUUAGACAUCAGAGAGUGCACACCGGCGAGAAGCCCUACGAGUGUUACGAAUGUGGGAAGUUCUUCUCCCAGAAGUCUUACCUCACCAUCCACCACCGCAUCCACUCGGGAGAGAAGCCCUACGAAUGCAGCAAAUGUGGCAAAGUCUUCUCUCGGAUGUCAAACCUCACCGUGCACUAUAGAAGCCAUUCGGGAGAGAAGCCCUACGAAUGUAACGAAUGUGGCAAAGUCUUUUCUCAGAAGUCCUACCUCACCGUGCACUACAGGACUCAUUCCGGAGAGAAGCCCUACGAAUGUAACGAGUGUGGGAAAAAAUUCCACCACAGGUCCGCCUUCAAUAGCCACCAGCGAAUUCACAGGCGAGGGAGCGUGAACGUCCUGGCGGUGGGCGACUUCCUGUGAAGCCAGAGCCCCCUGAGCAUCACGAGCCCCGGUAGGGAGUCCAAGAUUGGUGGCUGGGAGUUCGUGUGUCUGAAUGGGGACAAUUCUUAAGGCAUUGGAUUCCUCCUCGUCUGAUGUUUCUCACAGAGAAGAAUCCCUAAGGAUGCAAGAAGACACAAAGCCUUCAAAGCAAGACCCUACAGCUCAUCAGACACUAGAUAAUUUAUGCAGGAGUGAAACUUGAUAGAUAUUUAAUAUUUAUUUUGGAAUUCAAAUUGUAUUUACAUAUCAGGGAAUCACACCAAGGCGAGAUCUGUCAAAGUGAUGAAUGUGGGCAAAAUCUAUUGUCUUGGAAAUUGUUAUAUUAAAAGCCAUAUUUCUGAUAUAAAUUCACAUUUAUAGGGAAGACACCAGAAGCUGUCAGCUCUGAAUAGACUAUUGUAUAAAAUCAUAGGAGUUUAUGAGGACAGUAUAUAUAUGGCAGUUUCUAUCGUGUUUUUAAAAUGUUCUUUCAGUAAUUCUAUGCAAAUUUGGAUUUGAAUUUUUUGAGAAAAGGCCGUAUUGUAAUUUGACUAUCAAGGUGGCAAAAUGUACUAACAUGGGAUUAUGUAUUGUUGGUGAGACAUUUGAUAGGUACCAGAUAGUUAAAUACCUAAUUUCUCUAUUUGUUUUGAGGUAUUUACAAAAUGGGUUUUUCACGAAUGCCCAUCAAUAAAUUAUAAGCCCGUGGUUUUUAAAAUGUUUUCAACUAUGAGCAGAAAAGAUUUUAAAACACUAUUUUCAUAAACUCUGCAUAGAUGAUUCGGAGUUGAGUCUGUGCACUGUGCGGUCUACAGAUACACACGAGGCCCCUGUUGCUCUGCUGGGCUGACCCAUCAGUUUGAGUGAACGGUCUGCUGAUCUCCUGUAGUUCAGAAAUUUCAUCUCUACUAUUAUUUGAUGUGAAUACAAUGCCAUUCCUUUGUGCACUGCCCUUGUUUCCAGUAUUUCGGAGCAAGUACAGGUUGCUGUCAGACAGCUUUAGUUGAUAUAACCCAGUGUCUUUUCCCCCCUCGUUCCUUACUGGCAGUGUUUGGGUGUCCACCGUUUCUUCACAUGAUAGAGUGUGAAUCCUGAUGCGCCUGAACCAGGCACGAGAACUCUAUUCUGACCGCCAGUAACUUGUUUAUAGUGGCCACGUGACCCAGUUCUGGCCAACAAAACAGAUGGGUUGUGGCAAAAGGAUAAAACGGCGAUCAGAUGGGUCUUACUACUCCAAGAACACAAGGGGGGUCAUUUAAUAAUCAAAAAUUGAUUCCAGGACUACGUCACAUGGAAAGACGUGAUAGACAAGGCAGAAAAGUCAUGUGGUAAAGUCAGCAUCUGUUUAUGUCCUUCAUAAACUGUGGAUUUGGAAGGAACUUCCUUACUUGGAUGAAAAAUACCUAAAACUCCAACCAGCAGCAUGCCUAGUGCUGAAAUAUUGACAGAUUUCUCCCAAGAUGAAAAAAAAAGAGAGAGACAAGAUGAUCUUCUGUCACUAAUUGUAUUCGGUAUUCUGUAGAAGGACCUAGCCAGGAGAGUAAGGGAAGGAAAAUAAUCGAAGAGUCUAAGACUUAGGAAGAAGUAACACUUUUAUUUGCAGAUGACAAUAUUUUUAUGACAUACAUAGAAAAUUCUGAGGAAACACAGAUCAUUAGAAUUAAUGAGUAAGUUUAGCGAGGUCCCUGCAUACAAGGUCAUUAUGCAAAAAGUUUUUUUUACUAUACCAGCGGUGAACCUAGAAAAUGAGAAACUUAACAAUAGCAUCAAAAAUCCUCAAGUGCCGAGAGGGAAAAUUAUCCAACACCAUAUUUUCAAAAACUGUAUCCAGGAAAAAGAAAAUGACAAAACUUGAGAUAGAGAUAUCUAAUUCAUGGAUUCCAGGAUAGUCUUAAAAAGAUCUCAGUUUUCCCCAAAUUAAUUCAUCUAUUCAGUGCAACCUUAAAAGUCCUAGUAAAAUUUUUAACCAAAAGCAAAAAAUUCUAAAAUUCAAAUGAAAAUUCAGAAGACCAAUAAUAGUCAAGGCUAUCUUCUGGAAUAGAACAGGAGAUCUUAUAUUGCCUGAUAUCAAGGAAGACAUGUCAUAAAGCUGUAGAGAUUUUAAUUGUGUGGUAUUGGCAUAUACAUGAACAAAUUGACCAUUGGGACAAUAAAGGUUCCAGAAACCCCCAUACAGUCACUUGGUUUUUGAUGAAGAUGAUAAUGCAGUGUAAUGGGAGAGAGAUUCUUUCUAAUAAAUGCAUUGCAAUUAUAUUUAAUAACUUAAUAGAAAAUAGAAAUGUGGGUUGAGGUGGAUUGCACAUCUAAAUAUGAAAUGUAAAAUAAUAAAGCUUUAAGAAGAAAA